GCCACUCAACAUCCAUCCAACUGCGAGCUAGCAAUGUCGACCAUGUCCUGCUCGUCCAACUUAUCCAUGUACGCCCGCUCUCUCCCCAGCCUGAGCGUGCCGCCUCCCCGCCUGCUCCUCCAGCAACGACCUCCGGCAGCCAGCUGCGCUGCGUACAGCUAUCGGCCACGACGCCCAUCACACGUCACGUCGGCGGUCUCGACAGAUGAAGCGCCGCCAGCGAAUAAGGAGAAGAAGGCGGCAUCCUUCGUCGGAGAUAUGGAGCGCGGCACCCUUGCGGAGGAGUCCGGCCGGUCCGACGGGGAGCUGACGUCGCGGUGGCGGGAGAUCCACGGCUGCAACGACUGGCAGGGCCUUCUGGACCCCAUCGACAAGACGCUCCGCGGGGAGCUGAUCCGGUACGGCGAGUUCGCGCAGGCGUGCUACGACUCCUUCGACUACGACCGCUACUCCCGCUACGCCGGCAGCUGCAGAUACCCGAAGGAGUCCUUCUUCUCCGACGUCGGCCUUGCCGGCGUCGGCUACGAGGUCACUCGCUACCUCUAUGCUACCUCGCACAUUAGCUUCCCAAGCUUCGGCAUCCGGAAGCACAACCCUAGCGACGACAGGAUGUGGAGCGAGACUGGCACCUUCAUCGGCUUUGUGGCCGUGUCGACCGACGAGGAGACGGCCCGGAUCGGCCGCCGGGAUAUCGCCGUUGCUUGGCGCGGCACCGUGACACGGCUGGAGUGGAUCGCCGACCUGACCGCGUUCCUCAAGCCGCUCAGCCAGUUUGGGCUGCCGUGCAGAGACCCGAGGGUAAAGGUGGAAGAGGGGUUCGCCGAACUCUACACCAGCAAAAACCCGGACUGCAAGUAUUGCAAGUACUCGGCGCGGGAGCAGGUGCUCGCCGAGGUGCGGAAGCUGGUGGAGCGGUACGCCGGGCAGGGUGAGGAGGUGAGCGUGACGGUCACCGGCCACAGCCUCGGCAGCGCGCUGGCCAUGAUAAACGCCUUCGACAUCGCCGAGACGGGCGCCAACGUGUCCCCAUCGGCCGGCGGCGCCAAGGCGCCGGUGUGCGUCUUCUCCUUCUCAGGCCCGCGCGUGGGGAACACCAAGUUCAGAGAGCGGUUCGAGGGGGAGCUGGGCGUGAAGGCGCUGCGCAUCCUCAACGUGCAUGACACGGUGCCCAAGGUGCCCGGCGUGUUCACCGAGGCGGUCCUCCCGAUGCCGCUGCUGCGCGCCGCAGACGCGCUGGGGCUGCCAAGCGUGUACUCCCACAUCGGCGUGGAACUGGCGCUCGACCACAGCCUGUCGCCCUUCCUCAAGAACACAUUGGACCUGGCUAACUACCACAACCUUGAGGCGCACCUCCACCUUCUGGACGGCUUUGUGGGUCGGGCACGGGAGUUCAAGCUCGGCGGCAGAGACCCGGCGCUGGUGAACAAGGCGGCGGACUUCCUGAGGGACGAGCACAUGGUGCCGCCCGGGUGGCGGCAGGAUGCAAACAAGGGCAUGGUCAGGUCAGAGGAUGGGAGGUGGGUGCUACCGCAUCGCCCGAGGCACGUCGAGGACCACCCGGAUGACACCGAUGUCCACCUCGCGCAGCUUGGCCUCGUGCCCGCCAGUUGA